UUCAAUCGCAAGAGCUCAUCUGAGUCGUUUGUGUUUCAGGUAUCCACGGAUAAAGUCGAGCCACGUUAUGUGGAAGGCUGGGAUAUAAGGUUCCCAAGACGGUAGCUCAGGCCGGGCAAGAAGGCAACCAUGUCGUCGUCUUCCGGUUCGACGGGUAACUCCCUGCUGAGGAUCGCCAUGCCGGUAGCGUCUUCUCUCAUUCUUGCUUACUAUGUCUUCACAUUGCCCAUGUCGUUCAUGGGAGGAGGGGGCAGUGGGGAUGUCAGGAGUGAAAUCACAGGGAAUUUGCAAGUUCCGGUUCAGACCAAGGUGGAGGUUUCGGUUGCUCCUCCGGUAUCUAUAGCUCUGGCCGCUCCAAGGCAAGCCAAGGAAACGCCCAAGUCGAGCAAGGGACCUGCAUUGGAGGACAAGGCAAGCAAAGAUCGGGAAGAAGCAGUUCCCAAGCUCAAGAGCUCGGCACCCAAGAAGACGGCAGGCACGAAUUCUCCUCCACCGACAGAGCCAAGGCUUAAAGAUCCGGAAUUGCCGUUGAAGAAGCCAGCGGCAUCUCAGGAUUUAGACGAAAAGGACGCUGCCAGCAGCACAGAUCCGGUCCCUAUUCCAGAUGACAUGGAAACCAAGGUGGAUGCGCGUCGCACAGAAGCGAAGAAGGAGAAUGUAGAGGAUUUGAGUACGCAGGAAUUAGCCACUCAAGAGGAUUUAACAGGAGAAGAGCUCGGAGUUGACAUUGAUGAGGAGACAGGUGUGGGAACGGGAGUUUUCCACUCUUUUGCCAUUUUCAAGAAGAAUUAUCAGCAAAUGUUGAAGAGGUUCAAGAUUUUCAUCUAUCCAGACGGUGAUCCAAAUACUUACUAUCAAACACCACGGAAAAUCACAGGCAAAUAUGCUAGCGAAGGUUAUUUCUUCCAAAACCUGCGAGAGAGCAAGUUCGUCACCAAAAAUCCGAACAAGGCUCAUCUCUUCUUCAUCCCCAUCUCGUGCCACAAGAUGCGAGGAAAGGGAAUUUCUUACGAGAAGAUGGCGGAUAUUGUCCAGGAAUACGUGGAAGGCCUGAUCGUCAAGUAUCCAUAUUGGAACAGGACGCUCGGUGCAGACCACUUCUUUGUAACCUGUCAUGACGUCGGGGCGAGAGCCACAAACAAAGUUGCAAACCUGGUCAAGAACUCGAUACGUGUGGUGUGUUCUCCCAGCUACAAUGGAGAUUUCAUCCCCCACAAGGACAUCGCCAUGCCUCAGGUUUUGCAACCAUUCGCUUUACCUCGAGGAGGAAACGACGUCAGAAACAGAACAAUUCUUGGAUUCUGGGCCGGUCAUCGAAAUUCUAAGAUCCGAGUGGUUUUAGCCAAGCUGUGGGAAGAGGACGAUGUUCUAGCCAUCAGUAAUAACCGGAUCAGCAGAGCCACUGGAGAGCUUGUGUACCAGAAGCAGUUUUAUAGGAGCAAAUUUUGCAUUUGUCCUGGCGGCUCACAAGUCAACAGCGCACGCAUCGUCGACUCUAUACAUUACGGAUGCGUGCCAGUGAUUCUCUCAGAUCAUUACGAUCUUCCUUUCAACGAUGUGCUGGACUGGAAAAGAUUCGCGUUGCUUUUAAGAGAGCGGGACGUCGGCGAUCUUAAGUUGAAGCUCCAAUCUGUC